AUGCCCAACCUCUCGACCCUCCUCCCGCCCUUCCUCUCGACCCUCUCCCUCCCCCCGCCCCAGUCCACUCACCUCCUGAACAUCUCGCUCCCCCUCCUCGUCCUCUCAGAGCGCUUCUCCUUCUACCCAGGAAGCUACAUCUUCAAACUCCUCUCCUCCGCCGCCUUCCUGGCCGGCCCGCUCUAUUACCUGGCCCCUUCAUCGCCGUUCCAGUUGAGUCAAUGGAACCCAUACCACCUCCGCAUUGCUGCGGGAUUGGUCUUCUCUGCCGUCGGGGAUUACUGUCUCAUUCCCACGCGGACAGCGUAUUACGACAAGCAUCUUGGUGUUUUGCAUGCUGCUAGGAAGCAGAGCAGUGCUGGCAAGCGAGCGGAAGAGGAGGAGGAAGACGUAGCAGAGGAAGAGGAAGAGGAAACGCCGCAGGACAUCUCCAAGUCCUUCCGAGCCGGUGUCGCUGCCUUCGCCGCCGCUCACAUCUCAUAUGUCCUCGCCUUCCUGCACAACACCACGAACCGCAGCGCCUCGACCCAAAUCUCCUGGCCCAUCUUCACAACCACCUUCGGCGCCUCCAUGCUGCUCGCCAAAAUCACAGGCAUCAUAUACCCGCCCAGAAACACCAAAUCGAAGUCGAAGUCGAAGUCGAAAUCGAAACACGCUGCCAGCUUGGCCAAUUGCAAUUUACUCAACCUCUCCAUAGCAGACGACAUGCGUCCUCUCGUGCUCGGCUACUCGGCCAUCAUCAGUGGCAUGUUGGCCGUUGCCGCAUCGACUUCUGCUGCUGCUCCUGCUACUGCUGCUGGGGGGUUUGCGCCAGCGCACCAGCGACUGCUUGGAGCAGUGAUGUUUGUUGCGUCUGAUCUCUUUGUGGCGAGGGAUGCGUUUGGGAAAGGGAAUGAGGGGCAUCCUGGUUGGUUGAGGCCGAGUGCGGGGUUUGGGUUGUAUUUUUGGGCGCAGAUGCUGAUUGCGGGGACGGUGUAG